AUGUGGGACCGCGCCCGAACCUCUGCCACAGCGGGUCUCGACAGGCUGCACCGGCCCUCUCGCCGGCACCUUAAAGACGGCCCCAGCACAGACAAGCCAGAGAUUUAUCUGUACGAGUACAGCCCUGCCAAUGCUCUGGGCAUCGCCGUCUCCAGCUUCAACUCGAGAUAUCAUCACGGACACCAGAAACCGCAGAGGCCAGAGAGGCCAGAGAUAGUACACGAUAAGCCUUCAACCGCGGGAAUUGGAAUUUCCAGAUUUCCAACAGACGAUCCGGCUGAUUUUGCAGACGCAUCGUCGCGCAUCGCCUUUGAGCCGCCACCGAGGAACCCUAGACGAUUAUUGCGAGUGCGACAAGACUCCAAGGAUUGCGCACCAGCAUAUCCAUAUCCCGAACUUCAGAUCGUGACCGAUUCGGAAUCCACCUCUACUAGCGACGGAGACGGAUACUCUUCGUCCCCGACCUCCAAUUUCAAGCUGGCUUCGACAUAUUCGAGGCGGCGCCUUCCAGCGCUCGACCAAAUCUCUCCUCCAAGCUCGCCGGAAAUCGGCGCUUUCAAGAACAACGCGCCUGUCUCUCCCCUAGACGACGAUGAUGCCGACUUUUCUCGAGAGUAUCCUUUUAGAGGACAGCAGCCCACACAGUCCUUCACGACACAGCGCCAAAUGAGCCAUGUUCCCGCUCCCGCACAUCAAUACACUGCCUACCAACCCGCUCCGAACAUGUACGAUACAUCUUUCGAGAACCCAAGAAGCCUCGAAGACGUGCCGGCCCCUAUGCCGCAAGGCGCAAUACCGCGGAGUACCAAGAUGCGCAUAAAGGUUCCAACUGACACUUCGGCGGUUGCACAGCGAUUUCGCUUUCUCACCAAGGGCAAGUCGGAGCCAUCAGAGAAUCUGGCCGAUCGACCAAGGCAAGGCGAGGCGCCGCCCAUUCAUAUCCCACGGAGGAGCAGCAAGCGUGCAAGCCGCACCCCAAAUGGCCUUCGAAACAUAUCAGCUCCCCUGCCACCUAUCCAGUCUGGCACCAAGUUGGAAACGCCUCCGCGCCAGCCAGCAGCCACAGAUCGCGAGCUGCUUCCGUCCUCACUGGCUCCAAAGCCACUGAACAUAACACCAGCAUCCAAGGUUGCAUCGCAGAAUAUCAAUGCUAACAAUGGUGGUAAUGCGCUUCCUACGCCGCCUAAUCAUGACUACCCGGCUCCGUUAUCCAUACCAUCAGCUCGGUCACAGUCACCUGCUGGCCCAGAUUUGACCCCUACCGGGCCUAGGAUCAUCAAGAGGAAGCCGCCACAAACUCACCAAGCCCAACCUUCGGCGCCGUCCAACCUGUCAAGUUCAAGCCCAGCAUACAUCAAUCCUCCUCCUCGGAGAGCCUCGGCCGCAGCCGUCACCGGGCUCCACGAAGCCCCCCUUAGACGCGCCAAUACGGAUGAAACGUGGAUGCAACCUCCAUCACGCUUCAGUGUCACUACUUACGCUACAUCGAACGCAGGGACUCCUCCACAGGCUGCUGUGGAGCAGAUGCCUGCAAACGCACCGGUCACUACCCCGGUGAUGAGCCGUCCAGGUCCAUUUGCGAAGCGGAACAAUGCCCAUACUCCUAUAACGAUUCCUAAACAGAGGGCAUACAUGUCCAGCCCAUAUGGAAUCGAUAACCAGAUGGCGACGUCGAGCGAAGUAACUCUGAGUGAACCGGGCCGCGCCCGAGCCGGCAGCAACACGGGGUCCACUGGCCGGAGCUCCAUCCUGUCUACUGCCAAGCCGCUUCCACCCGCGCCUCCGGAGUUGGCACCAGCACCCGAUGACAGGAUUGCGCAACUAAAUGCCGCUCUCUCAGCACUGGCUCACCGCAGAGUCAACAUCAACAAAAGUAUUCAACAAAUGACGGAGCUGAUGCCGCGAGAUAACCUGAUGGCCAGCGCAGAGGUGCUCCGAAAGAGGGAGGUUGAGAAGCAAAAAGUAGAGGGGCUGAGACAGGAGCUGGCCGAGAUUCAGCACGAAGAGUAUGACCUGGGCCUGAAGCUGCAUAGGGCUUACAAGCGUCAGGAAAAGGAUGCGGAGUUUGAGGUCACUGGCCUGUGGGUGAGAAGGAUUACAAGCUGA